AUGUUUCCAGAAGCCGACGAUGCUUCCAUCCUUGCCGAUGAUCUCACCCAACUUGUCGUGCUCGUUACUGGUGCCGAAGGAACCCCGUAUUCACGAGGACUAUGGCGCUUACAUCUGAAGAUGCCACAUGACUAUCCCAAGAGCCCACCCAAGGCCAUGUUCAAAACGCGGAUUUACCACCCGAACGUGGAGGAAACAACUGGCGCAGUCUGUCUAGAGACGCUGAAAAGAGAUUGGGAUCCCAAACUGACGCUCAAGGAUAUUUUGGUCACCAUAUCCUGUCUGCUGAUUCAGCCCAACCCCGACUCGGCGCUGAAUGCCGCAGCAGGGGCUCUCAUACAAGAAGACUACGAGGCAUUCUCGACCCAGGCAAAGCUUAUGGCAAGCAUUCACGCCCCAAUACCUCGGCAUCUAAUGCGGGCUGUCCAACAGGCCAAGCGGCGGGGCGAGGAGGACGAGGAUGAGGACGAGGACGAGGACAAGACCGAGGUACUAAAGAAAUCUGCGCAAACAGGUGCGCGGACUACACCUGAAGCAAUAGAGGAGGAUAACACGAAAGAGAACGACCCGACUCAAAGAACUACAUCUGCAGUCGGCUCAGGCACCGCCAAUAGAGGAAAACGACCUGUGUCAGACUUGAGUCCACCCGUCGACGCCGAUCAGAGUGAGGGACAGCACAAUGCAGAAAGCGAACCAGGGAAUCCGCGGCUCAUUCAUUCGGACAGCAGCCAGGGGGGACCGGUGAGGAAGUCACCCAAGCUCACGCGCACGGAUGCUCCGAACAGGCAAGAUAGGGCCUUAGCCCAGACACAGUCACAGUCCUCUACAGGUGAAGAAGGAAAGGAGAAUGUCUGUUAUGCCAAGGCCUCGAAUUCCUCCCAAGGCCAAGGGGUUCUCGGAUCGAGGCCAACCGUAUUGCGCAAGGUCUCGAACGUGGGCCCGGGCAGGAAGGGACAAGCACGUGUUGGAAUUCGGCGAUUAUAA